UUUUCGCCCACCCCACCCUCUCUCUCUGUUUGAGGGGCUUUGGUCGCUUGGAGGACUGUCGAAGCUCCCAGAAAUCGCAGAUAAUUGGACGAAAGAGGAGAGUAUUAGGGUUUUCUGAGCAAGCAGGUGCCGUUGCUGCGAUAUUUACCAGUUUCUGCGCCUCCGGAUUUCUCGCUCUGCUCGUGGAAUUGGGAUUUGAGUGGAAGCUUAAUUUGUCAGGAUGGAUUUGGUGGGGCUAGCAGAAGACUAAUUAGAGCCACUGUCGACUGCUGGCUCUGCUUGCUUAGAUAAAAGUGCAGGUGGGUUUGAGACUUUUGGCACCAAAAAUGAAAUUUGAUCUCUCUGUGGCGUGUGUAUUCAGUGGUGGAUAAAGAUCUCGGAAUGUCAGACUUGUGCAUAUAUGAGCUUCAAGACAAUGUGUGGGACGAGUUUGGUGAAAGUGAUGAUCAUAUAGUGCCACAACCUGCUGAUGAAACUGGGAAGUGUGCAGUUCAGACUGAUAGCCAUAAAAAACUUAGAGUCGAGGUAUCUGGCAUUUCAAAUGAUGUUGACCAUUCAACUAACUUUGUUGUUCUGGGAAAGAGAGAAGAAAGUUCAUUGACUUCAGCAAAGAGGAACAAAAUGUUGGAAAAGGGUUCAUGGUCACGUGCAGCUGAUGAUGGGUUUCCUGCUUCAUGUGAUGGCGAUUCAGUUAAAGAAACUGCAAGCAUGACAUCUGAUGAUUCAAGAAUGUCAAAUCAUUGUUUUAAGAGUGGUAGUACUGGUGAAUUAUGUGCCAGAGAUGCUGUCUUGGUUGAAGGAUCUGCAGCAGUUGAUGAUAAUUUGUAUCAUUAUCCUCUUAAUCAUAUUUCCCAGACAGAGAGCAGUCUCAACUUUUUCAAUGAUGAAGACAAGGAAGGCAAUGAUCUAUAUUACGAAUGGCCUGAUAUUGGAAAUUUUGAGGAUGUUGACAAGAUGUUCAGCACUUCCUGCAGAAAUUGUGACUCAACAUUUGGAAUAGGAAGUCUGAGCAAUGAUGAUGACUUGGGCUGGUUUUCACCUUCUCAUGCUAUUGAAGGGUCGGAAGAUGCACUAAAAUCUGGAUUCAAGUUCUCAUGUCCAGAGUCAACUGAACUAAGAAGUGUAUCAGAAAACCACAGGGAUUCUGGGCCAGAUAGUGGAGAUCUUUCAGUCAAUGAUUCCCAGGCGAGAAAUGCGACGCAGUCCUGUAAUAUGAGUUCACAGAUCACUUGUGCUCAUGAAACUGCUUCAUUCGAUCAUCUGCAAUUUGUGAACGGGUUGGACAUGAAAUCUGAAAGUAAGGAAGACUCCAUGCCCACGGAAGAGAUGAAUCCACAUAGGAAGCACUCGAAGCUUCAACACCAAUCAGAAGGGAAAUGGAAAGACGGAUGCUUGGGAAAUGGUGAUUCUUUCCAACAUUAUGAUUUGUCGGAGCAGACAACGGAGGCAAAGAUCCCAUUUGGCGACCAAGCUCACCAGGUUCUCACUCCGUCCAACUAUGUGCCGCAUAAAUGCGAUGGAAGAUCUAAUUCAUUCGCAAAUAUGCAGAUGCACAGUUAUACAGCUGCAGGCUACCAUCAACCUGUUGGUCAAAUUUCAGACUAUACAACUUUAUCUAGCAUCAAAUGUGAGAAUAACGGUCAGCCGUCUCCUUCUCCAAAGGAAUCGUCUUAUGCAUCAAAUCAAGUGCAGUCCCCUCAUGGCAGCUCUUUCGAGGCUCCUACUGCCAAAAACGAUAAGAGAGUCAAUCUCCAUAGCCAUCAGAACUUUCCAGCAGAUAAUCUCAAUCAUCUCGAUGGAACAAGUCCAACCGCAAUCUCUGACCCAGUUGCGGUUCUGAAGCGAGUCCACCAAACUGAAAAUGAUAUUGAUGGUCACAGUGAAGUCGACGGAAUCAGCAUUGGCGUAACGAAAGAGCUAGAUCCUUCAUUCGCACAGGACAACUCUUGCGUGAGCUCUAUGUUGGAUGAGAUCUCUUUAGAAGCAACUAGUUUUCGUCAACUACAGCAAGUCACGGAACAGUUGGACAUUAGGACAAAGCUUUGUAUAAGGGAUAGUUUGUACAGACUGGCUAGGAGCGCUGAGCAAAGGCAUCACUAUGGAAAUCCAAAUGGUGGAAACAGAAGUGAUGGGGCCCGCAGCGGUGCUCUGAUUGUUAACGAAUCAAAUAAGUGCAAUGGAUUCAUGGACAUGGAAACUGAUACGAACCCCAUAGAUCGAUCUGUAGCACAUCUGCUAUUUCACCGCCCCUCGGACCCAUCUUUAGUGCCGGGCAGCGAUGAUGCUCUGUCUCCCAAGUCUCAUGCCACGAUUCUCAGGUCUGUCAGUAGCACGCCUCCGACAGUUAACGAGAAGGAAAAUCGCGGAGAUGAAACUGCAACGGAUCCUGAUAAGAUGACCAGCUAGAUAGACGACCGGGAAAGGCAAGAGACCGAGAGAGAGAGAGAGAGAGAGAGAGAGAGAGAGAGAGACUUUCUAUUGUUGGGCGAUUAAUGUGACCCCUGCUUCUUUUUGCUAUGGUCAUGUUCGUGUAUAAAUAACAUUUCCAUCAAUUUUUAACUCGCUACUCUUUCUUGUGGAUUCUCAUUUUCUUUCUGUACGUGUGGUCUGGGACGCUACCUCACGCCUGACUUGCUCUUGAUUUCGGUGAAUAUGGAUGUUACGGAUGUUCAUUAA